AUGGUUCUGAUUGGUCCCCCCGGCGCCGGCAAGGGCACCCAGGCCCCCAACCUGGUGGAGAAGUACUGCGCGUGCCAUCUGGCGACGGGCGACAUGCUGCGAUCCCAGGUCCAGCAGCAGACUCCUCUUGGAGUGGAGGCCAAGAAGAUCAUGGACGCCGGAGGUCUGGUUUCCGACGACAUUAUGGUGAACAUGAUCCGGUCCGAGCUGGAGAACAACUCCAAGUGCAAGAACGGCUUCAUUCUGGACGGCUUCCCCCGAACCAUCCCCCAGGCUGAGAAGCUCGACGAAAUGCUCGCGGAGAAGAAGCAGCCCCUCGAAAAGGCCGUGGAGCUCAAGAUCCCCGACGAUCUGCUGGUGGCCCGAAUCACCGGCCGACUGGUCCACCCCGCCUCGGGCCGAUCCUACCACAAGGUCUUCAACCCCCCCAAGAAGGAGAUGAUUGACGAUAUCACCGGCGAGGCUCUGGUCCAGCGAUCCGACGACAACGCCGACGCCCUCAAGAAGCGCCUCGUCUCCUUCCACAAGCAGACCGAGCCCAUUGUGGGCUACUACCAGAAGACCGGUAUCUGGAAGGGCGUCGAUGCUGCCCAGGACCCUAAGAAGGUGUGGGGAGAUAUUCUCAAGUGUCUGGGACAGUAA